AUGGCAUCUAUCUCAGUCGCAGAGAAGUACUCGGGCGGUGCGAGAGUCCUAGUAAACCUACAGAGUUCACUAAACGCUGAAGGAGGCAGCCACAAACGUCUGCGUUUCAUUGGGAAAAGUCGCUGCAUCGAUGCGAAUGGUUCAUUACGAGUUUCGGAAGCGAAGGAGUGGAGACAAGUCACUGGAAAACAAGAGCGAGUUGGUCGACAUCGUCAGUUGAUCACAAUGCUUUGUUAG